UAAAUACAGGAUGUCGAUGAUUUGAAUUCUGUUUGUGCCAGAGUUGAGUGGUGUUACGUUCGCGUGCAACUGAUAGGUUUUCUCUUUUUGUGGGAGAAGGACCACUAAACCUAUUGCUAUCUUUCAGACCAGGAUCAAGAACUGUUCUGUUCAAGCCAUGACGAUAUCCCGUGUACUCAUCCUUCUUGCCAUCACAGCUGCAGCUGCAUCUCGCCACUUCCGGAAGAGAGACUGGGUUCCUCCCUUAGACGUGGAUCAGUGCCAGGAGCUGGAACAACAGACGCUGAACAACCUCACAGUUGUCAGGGGGAUAAUGAGAGGCGACGGUCUCAACACUUUGGUGACUGAUGGGGCCUUGAAUCUAGACUGCUCGGCGGCUACACUGAGAGGAAACAAGGACAUGAGCGAUGAAGCCUGGGGUAUGUGCGUCAGUAGCUUGGAUCUCGAUGUGCCGUUCUUCACCGCCGUGUACACCUACAUCUGUGCCAACCAACAAGCCUUCGUGCAAUCGGAACCAUGUCUUAGCAGUGGUGGCCCGGUGGAAGCGAGACGUAAUUGUCACAUGGAAUCCAGGGACUAUGAAGCGAAAUGCCGUCAAGAACCUGUUUGCAUUGAGAACAGCCUCAGCAACAGAACUGAGUGUUCAACCGACACAGCAUCUCUACUUCGGGGCAUGGCUGGCAUUGAAUACAGCGUCUUCAUGGACGACUGUCGGUACCGAAUAUACUGAAUAAUGGCUGAUGACUGUUUUCCGACAAAGGUUCUGAUUCCCUGCGAAGCUGUCCGUACACUGUAUGGUCUCGAAUAACACGCGUCAGUCCAGAAGACGCGACACUGGUUAUAUCGCAUGUUGUCUCUCUUUAAUGGCGUUCUCUUUCUUUGAUAAAAUAAAAAUGAUGUUCCAACGUA